AUGACUGCCCGGCCAUUGUCGCACAUCCUCCGGGUGCGCUGCCUGCCUCGCCAGCCCCAGAACACUCAGGCAUUCUCAACUCGAUCCAGUCUGCGUGCCGCGGACCACGGUGAUCACUAUGAUCCCCCCACUGGCUGGCUGUUCGGUAUCAAGCCCGGCCAGAAGUACGUGAAGGAAGGCUGGGAGAACAUUUGGUACUACGGAUUCAUUGGAAGCUUUUUGGUCGCUGGUGUCGCAUAUGUUUUCAAGCCUGAUACCUCUAUACAAACAUGGGCUCUCGAGGAGGCCCGACGGAGACUGGAAGCUGAGGGCAUUCUCGAGGAUCCUGACAAGGUCAAGAAAUAA